CAAUGUCGAUAAGAGAAAAAUAAACAUGAAAAAAAUAAAAUAUAAACAUGAAAAAUAAACAAGAAAUGUCAUAAGGAUUCUGUCUUUUAGCAGAAUCAAAUAUUUGAGGAUAUUCACUAUAGGUUUGGAUAAUUAUAAUUGAUGGCGAGCACGGAAACCCCUGAUUCAUUUGACACAGCAUGCUGCAGCAAGGCGUUCCACAGAUCCCACUUGAACAGCCUCAGUUAGGGAUUGUACAAAAUAUCCCAAAUAUUCCAAAAAAUUUCCCCAUAUUAAUUAAUGGCUUAGAGAGUGAUGCCUUCCCUUUCUGAUGGUCCAAUGAACACUAAUAGAGUUCCAUGCCCCCAAAUUACUAAAUAUAUUGUGUACAAAGUAAUAAUAAUGUAUUUUAUUUACAAUAUAAUAAUGUUAUUUCUUACCCGCCUCUCCUCGUUAUUAUAACAGUUCUCGUCUUCUAAAGAGCCUCAACGGCUUCUAGGAUUCUACAGCAUUGGGCCAACAUAGGUAAAGCGGUAUCAAACCGGGUUAACUCCACUGUGUAGACGCACCCAAAGGCGAGGGGGCGGGAAAGGCCCCCCCUUGUGGGGGGAAAAACCCCGACGAAGUGACGAAGACAGAGGUGGAGCUAAGCUAAAUAUAAAUGCUAAACAGUCCAAGACGAAAGGAAGAAGGAGAGCAGAGAGAAGAAAUCCAAACUGAAGCUGCUCCAAGGUCCAACUCCACUCGCAGACAAACGAAAGAGAAAGAUUUCCACCCUUCAGGAGUCCUCAGAGCUGAAGUCUGAAUCAUCAGAAGAGACUUCACAUUUUCAAGACUAUGCAAACGUAUUGUAAACUGAAGCCUUUCAUGAGAAGUCUGACCUCCAAGGGAGUGAUUUGCAGCAGCUUCCUCCUUCUCCUGGGUCUGCCCGUGUCCUUCUCCCAGCCCACUUACCCAUGGAAGGAUCCCGACACACGUGAGGCACUCGAGUGCCAGCAGUGCCCGCCCGGGACGUACGUGUCACAUCACUGCACCAAAGAGAGCAAGACGGAGUGCAAGCCAUGCCCCGACCUGCACUACACAGAAUACUGGAACUACCUCAACAGCUGUCUGUAUUGCAACGUCUUCUGUAACUUCAUGGAAGAGGAGGCCCAGCCUUGCAAUUUCACCCAGAACCGGGUCUGCCGGUGUAAGCCGGGCUACCACUCGGAGCAGGACUUCUGUAUAAAGCACUCCAGCUGUCCGCCAGGAAGUGAGGUCGCUCAGAUGGGCAACCCUUACCAGGACACAAAAUGUCAGGAGUGUCCUCAAGGGACCUUCUCCUCCACCUCCAGCAUGGACCCGUGUCAACCGCACCAGAACUGUUCUGCGCAAGAUCUGGAGGUCAACGUUCCUGGCAACCAGUUCCACGAUACAUUGUGCACUGCUUGUAAGCUGAAGAAUCCCAAUAGGACCUCUGAUGGAUUAGAAGAUUGGCUAGGGAGUGAAGAGUGCCAAGAUGCCUUCAUUGACUUCGUACCAUACAGCAUUAAAUCAGCCAAAAGGCUACGGAACCUGAACCGUUAUUUCGGCGUUCGGAGUUCCCGUUUGGCUAACAAUGCGAGAAAGAGUCCUCUACAGCUCCAGGCCGAGCUCCAUGCGCGUCUCGUCGUGCUCAAGGAAAGCGGGGGAAAGCUCCAGCUGGUGAAGAUAUUGCAAGAGAUCUUCCAGCAUAAAAUUUUCCAGCACCCACACAAGAAAUGUUUAUUUUUGUAAGAUUAACAAUGCAAUCCUAUGUACACCUAUUUGGGAAUAAGUGCCAUUUACUUCAAUGGCACUUACUCCCAAGAACGGCAUGUAUAUAGGAUUGCAACAUAAACGUGCUGUUAUUUCGUAGAAUCAUACUGUUGGAAGAGACCACAAGGUUGAACUAGUCUGACUCCUGUGCAGGAAAACACAAUCAAAUCCUCCAUUGAUGGAGAAUAACACACUCCAAGACAGUGACAUAUUCCGCUGUUGAACAGUUCUUGCGGUCAGGAAGUUCCUCCUAAUGUUUAGGCGGAAUCACUUUUCCUGCAAUUUUAAUCCAUUUGAAUCCACUGCUCUCUAUUCUGUUCUCUAUUUAUUAACGUAAACAAGUGAACAAAAGACACAGAGUCAACGACAACAUGACACACACAUCAGUUGAAAUUUCAAUUUUUUAAAAAACAAAGCAAAAAGAAGAAGAAGAAGGAGAGUGUCUGUGCUGCUUUGAGUGGUACAGAUAUUCCUCUUUUUUUCUAAGCUGACCUACCUCAGAGUAAAAUGGGCAAGAAAAGUGUUACAAAAGCAGAAGUAACUAACACAUUUGUUUUUGAAAAUGUGUUUUUUUGUUUUGUACAACCUUUAUUUUAUAUAGAGAGAGGGCAAUAAAGAUGAUACAUUCUUA